UUUGGAUUUGUUGUCAAUAUAUCAAUCUUUGCAGCCGUCUUAGUCGUGCUAACUUAUUUUGACUAUCUUCAAUAACGGGAGCCGUGUCUAAGUUUAAAAAAAAUCAAUUCGAUCAGUUAGACUCACGGUCGUUGUAGCAAUGACGGACGAAAGAAGUAUUUUUAUGAAGUUCAAAGAGAGAUUUUCCAAGAAGAAAAAGAAAGCUACAACGGUCAGUGGUAAAAUGCAGGAAACAAUGGCCCUUAUCAACUUCUUUGCAUACACCCCGGGGCUAGAAUUCGUGAAUGGUUGGAAAAAAAGUUACAGAACUGCCUUCGCUGUAUUUACGAAUGCCGCAGCGUUCCUUAUUACUUCAUACACUCUCGCGGUUUCGUAUAAAUCAAAAGAAAGCAGUAUUUUGACGGGUUUUUUUGCCUUCAACGGUAUGGUUUGGGGAAAAUUGAUUGUUAUAAUUACCAAACACGAUGGAUUCAUGUCGGUAGUGGAAUUCGUUGUUAAAGUGUUCGACAGCAAUCCAACUGGACCGCGAGAGCGUAUUCUCAUGGGAGUAGCAAAGUUGAUUAGUUAUCAUAUGAUCAUCAACUUAAUUGGCUUUGCCACAGGAUAUGCUAUCUACUCAGCUUUCCCUUUGUACGAUUACUUUUUUUUGGGAAAAUUGACGUUAGUGUCUCCGUUGUUGCUGCCGUGCAUAGAUCCGACGACUGUCACAGGUUAUAUCAUUACCACGUCCUUCAAUGUUUUUCUUGUGAGCUUUUGUCUUAAUGUUUGUAUAAGUACCAGUGCGUUGUUUUUCAUGCUGGUUGAUGCGUACGGUGGCCUGGUUUCCCUAAUCGAGCACGAUUUCAGUGAGUUCGAUGAAAUAAGUAAAAGGAAGCAUGUCGCUAGAAAUUCGGAUGAGAAAAUGCGAAAUAUAAUGAUGCAGUUAAUGGACGUAUCAAGAUUCAGCAAUUACUUGCAUGAAUUAUACAGCGUCAUAUCAACUGUACAAGUUGUAGUGUCCGCUAUAGUAGCGUUGGUAUGUUUAGGUGCAUAUUUAGCGAUUAAUUUCACGAAUAUCCUAGGGGGCUUUGUGUCGUUUUAUACUGAGAUGUUAAUGUACUGUUACAUUGGACAAAUUCUAGACAACACGAAUAUGCGUAUUAUAUACGUAAUUUCCCAAUCAAAGUGGUACACUUACGAAUUGAAAUAUCAAAAGGACAUUCUUAUUGCAUUGUAUUUAGCUCAAAAUAUGCAGCCUAUUCGUAUUGCAGGCAUGAUUCCACUUAACUUUGAAACUGGUCUAAUGAUAACCAAUAAAAUAUAUACCGUGUUCAUGUUUAUGCUGGAAUUUAUUUAGUAAUUUGCUUCAAUCGGUUCGUUCACUUAUCUAAUUUUAAGGAAAUUGUUAAAAUUUGUUGUUGCAAAGGUAUUUC